CCGUGAGCACGCCUUAAAUUAGUCAAGAUACAAUGUAACCUGUGAAUCAAGCCAUACAUUGAAAUCGGAUUAGAUGUGUGUAACGGAAUAGAAAUACCACAAUCAAUUGAUAUCAGUUUACUACUAUAUAUGAAAUAUACAAUCGUUAACCACCAGAACGCCUUAGAUUCAGGAGGAAAUCAGGAAUAUUUCUUCCGGUUCCCAAGAAUGCAAAAAUAAAACGGAAGCUGAUUUGAUGUAAGUGUGAGGUCCUCUCUUACAAAGAAUUGAAAACGUUUAUGAACAAAAAUGGACACUCAUCCUCCCACUCUUGAUGUUCUACACUGGUGAACAGCAUUAUAAAGGCCCUGGUAAAGCCAUUACGGUGUGGUCCACAUAGAGAUCUCCACCACUUCAGCCGCUAGUACCUAAGUACGGCGCUCACAGGGACUCUCCACUGGCCUUCCCUUCCCUGCACAGAGAAACAGUACUAGAGACUUCUGGCUGUGGACAGUGUCCGAGUGAAUGUUUCAUUGCUCUAAGAACACCUCCCGCUCUUCGAGGACCUAACUUACCUACCCGUCAAGAGAACGCUCCUGCCGCUGAGUUAGCUGGUCAGGCAUUUCAUCCAGGCCCUCAGCAUCAGGACUUAACGAGGCGGCAGCCCCCACCAGCCCCUGUGACUGGAGCUAUUCAGGGGGAGGAGGGGAAGGAGACCCCCGGCCGGUGCAACACUUUCCCUUGAGAUGAAGCUUCAAGCCGUGAUGGAGAACCUGCACAGGCAGCAGAGGGCCAAGUUGCUGUUGGAACUGGAGCAACAGCAGCUGCAGCAGGACGGCGCUCCGCAGGGUCACGGCCGGACCACCGCUGGCGUUGGGGACCAGCUGAUGGGAAGCCCCGCCCCGGAGUCAGAGCACGCCCAGAUGGCGGCCCUGGCAGCCAUGAGGGCGGUGGCGGCCGGGUUGCAGAGGGCCUCAGACAGCCCCAUGUCAGAGCGCAGCAGCGGGGGAGAGGAUGAGGAAGAAGAGGAUGAUGACGAGAGGGAGGAAGGGGAACAGUACAAAGAUAUGAUGGGCUCUGAGGAAGAGGAGAUGAUAAAGCAGAAGUGGGAUGAGGAGGACUUUGAGGGGGAGAUGGAGGAGGACUAUGAGGACGAGCUGGUGGACGAGGGGCUUCCCACGGGCCGGGAGGCGCUGGCCCUGCUGCUGCCCCACCGCCAACUGUACGCCCACUCCCAGCUGCUGAAGCAGGCCCGGCCCCGCACCGGGACCUGCCCAGACCAGGAGCCCAGAAUGGCCAUCCUCCCCCCACACGGAUUCCACAGCCAGCUGGGAGGCCAGGACCACGGAGACUGGACUUACGAAGAGCAGUUUAGACAGCUCUACGAACUAGAUGGAGACCCAAAGAGAAAAGAGUUUCUGGAUGACCUAUUCAGCUUCAUGCAAAAGAGAGGAACCCCUGUGAACAGGAUCCCCAUCAUGGCCAAGCAGGUCCUAGACCUGUACAUGCUGUACCAGCUGGUGACAGAGAAGGGAGGCCUGGUGGAGGUCAUCAACAAGAAGCUGUGGAGAGAGAUCACUAAAGGACUCAACCUGCCUACCUCAAUUACCAGUGCAGCCUUUACUCUCAGGACACAGUACAUGAAGUACCUGUAUCCAUACGAAUGUGACAAGAGGAGCCUCAGCAACCCCAACGAGCUCCAGGCAGCUAUCGACUGUAACCGACGGGAGGGCCGCCGGCAGAGCCGCCGGCAGAGCUUCGGCAGCUCACUCUUCACCUACUCCCCCAAUGGGACCCCCACCAUGCUGUCCUCCCCCAAGAUUUCCAUGCAGAACAUGGGGAUGAACGUGGCCACCAACGGAGGCCACUCUCUCACUCCCAUCCAAAAAAUCAAGAAAGAAGAGGAGGGUGGCCAGCCUGUGUCCGGCUUGGGCUUCAUGUCCAGGCACCCUCUGGUUGGUAAUUCGGCGGCGGCGGUGCAGGCAGCAGCGGCCCAGUUAGCGGCUCUAGAGCAGCUGAGGGACAGACUGGAGGCAGGCGAGCCCCCGGAGAAGAAGAUUGCCCUACCUGCUGAGAAGCACCAGCGGCUGCUGCAGAGAGCGCUGCAGCACAAUCUGCUGGCCAGGACUGCCCAGAUGCCCAUGAACAUCCGCAUCAACAACCAAGAUGGCCGACAGGACUCAGCUCUCAAUCUCACAACUAAUGGCAUGAGCAGCAUCAGUAUGUCAGUGGAACUCAAUGGAGUCAUGUACACCGGUGUGCUUUUUGCUCAGGCAGCAGGGUCAGCCUCGUCAGGCCCCUCUGGAUCAUCAAGUAACAGCAAAGCCCCUGGUGGGCAUGGUGGAUCCUAGUGGCUCCCCUACACACCUACCUCAUCCACCUAUCUUUGAUGCUAUCUAAAGCCAAAAAUAAACCUCGUUUUCUACUUAGCCUAUGCCAAAAAAAUACAUAUAUAUGGCAAGACAAACUGAAACUCAGACCACUUGAAGUACACUCUCAGGUCCUCUCAUAUAUUCUUCCCUCUUUUGUUCUUUAGCCUAAAUAAGUUUGAAUAACCCAACAAGGAGCCAGUAUAUGAUAGAUAUUUGCACAGCCUAUGAAUAAUUUAUUUCUACAUAAAUGUACAGAUUAUCUGAGAACAAAAGAAAAAGAAUACAUUGGAAGGGUAAUGCACUGUUUAAACAUUUAACACAGCUACUGACUGACAAUGCAGCUUCUUCUCAAGAGGAAAAAUAAGUUGUUUGUAACAUUAUCAUUCUCCUCAUUGUUAUUAUUAUUAUCAUCAUCACUAACAAUAUACUCAUUGCAAAAAAAUAUAUAUUUAGGAUUCUAUAAAGCAGAACAUUUUACAUUUCUUGUAUUUUAAGUAGAAAAGCUUUAAAGUAUGUUAUUUCUUCAGGGUAUAACAAAGUACCAUUGUGACCUCAUGUUAUAGAAUUCCUCUUUUACUUUUGCAUGAUGCAGUUGGAAACAAAUCAAUCUUUGCUGAGAUUUUCUAUUAAUUGCUCAGACACAGGUUUUGUCUUGCAUUUUUUUCUAGUAGAAGUCAACAGGAAUUCUUAAUGCUCAUUGGGCUUUAGAAUAUGUGCAGGUUUUUCUCAGGUGUCCGCCAGAUUGCUGUGAAACAAUAACGUUGUAUUUAACUGCUAUAUGUUUCUGUCAUAGCCACACAUUAUACAAAUGUAUUUCCUGGUUUGAGUGUUUGUUUCUCUCAUGACACAUUUCAACCAUAUUUUUUUUGAUUUUCAUGUAGAAUUUUGUUUUCUAUCAGGUUGUCUCAUCAAUUAUGUAAUUACCAACGUUUCGAAAGCUUGACUGUAUUAUACCCUGAUGAAGACAGCCUGGCUGUCGAAAAGUUGGUAAUUACAUUUUUGCAUCUGAGCUCCUAGAGUGUGCGGCUCCUUUAUUUUCAAGUUUUCUACUCCGCUAGCCAGCACCUCGCCUUGAUAGGUGUGCGUUUCUUUUUCUUCUAGAUUGUCUCAUCAAUUACCCAGGGUACUCUGUACUUUUAUAAGAAGUGGGAUCAUCUUCACUCUACUUAAAGCUUUUAGUUUAAAGGUUGAUCACUCUGAGACGACACAGAGUAGGGGAUUGAUAUGUGCAGGAAUUCUUAGCUCUGCCAUUGUGCGCAUUAACACUGAGGUUUGGUGCUGGAAGUGACUCUAUUUAGAAGCUUGUCAUCAUAAUGUCUCAAGAGUGCCUACACCUUGAUAUGUGAAAUCUUCAUAACGACUAAGCAUUAAUGAAUUUAGCUACAUGCUUGCAUUAUAUAGUGCUGCUUAUAUCCAAGUGCUUCUUAUAUUCACAGCUAUACCAUUAUCUUCAAUCUGUUGAGGAGUCAGAGGAGGCCAGUUUAAUGACAAUAGAAGAUGUUACAGAGAAUACUGUGGGAUUGACAGAUAUCUGUUCCAUCUGCUUUACUUAAUUUCAGUUAUCAGAAGUACAGUUUUUGUAUAUAACACAGUUGCAUAGUAAUCAUGCUCCUGUAGCAACACAACAAUGGUUGUUCUAUUAAACAAUUUUCAUUGAAACGUAUGAAGGAGUCUGUCCUCGCCAGCUAGACCCUGGGGGGAAAAGCUCUCUCAGUGAAUGAUAAAAGUCAUAGCCAAUUAUUAUUCCAAUAAAUGGCUAAGAAUAACAUAGAGCUGUGUUAUGGUUUAAAGGAUGGGUGGAAACACCCAAUCAAUUCCUGACUUUGGGUCAGCACUGCUCUUCAAUUUGAUCUUUUUACCACUUUGUCCCCAAGGCAAGCAUCCCCAUCCGAGCAUCUUCUCAUUUUUUUUUUUUUUUUUUUUUUAAUCAGAUAUCCAUUGAUUUGCAGCUCUGAGAUAUUUGCAUUUUAACUGCUAAGGUGCAUUCAUCUUAAGAUAGCUAGGUGGGAUAACCACAUAUCACAGUAAGUACAUUUUUCCUAAAUAAAGUAGCUAUCAGCAAAGUCAGAGCUAGCAAGGGGGGAAAAAGUAAAGUGUUUCAGAUGUUUUCAGAAGAUGGGCAGGGACUGCUGUCUUAGCUUCAGAGAGAAGCUUGUUCCAACAUUGGGGUGCCAGGACAGAGAAGAGCUUGGACUGGGCUGAGCGGGAGCUGCCCUUCCGUAGGGGUGGGAGGGCCAAGAGACCAAAGGUGGCAGAAUGGCGUGCUCAGGUUGGGGUGUAUGGUUUGAACGUAGCCUGAAGGUAGAGAGGGGUAGUUCCUGUUGCUGCUCUGUAGGAAAAUACCAUUAUCUUGUAGUGAGCUGCGACUGGAAGCCAAUGGAGUGUGCUGAGGAGCGGAGUGACAUGGGAGAACUGGCAAAGGUUGAACACCAGGCAGGCUGCAGCGUUCUGGAUAAGUUGCAGGGGUUUGAUGGCACAAGCAGGGAGCCCAGCCAACAGCGAGUGACAGUAUUCCAGAUGGGAGAUGACAAGUGCCUGGAUUAAGACCUGCGCCGCUUCCUGUGUGAGGUAGGGUCAUACUCUGUUGUAGAGCAUGAACCUGCAGGAACGAGUCACUGCUUUGAUGUUUGCAGAGAACGACAGCAUGUUGACCAGUGUUGUGCCAAGGUUCUUUGCACUCUGGGAGGGGGACACCAUGGAGUUGUCAACUGGGAUGGACAGGUCUUGGAGCGGGCAGACCUUCACCAGGAGGAAGAGCAGCUCCAUCUUGUUGAGCUUGUGGUGGUGGGCCGAAAUCCAAGCUUAGAUAUCUGCCAAGCAGGCAGAGAUGUGUGUUGCCACCUUGGUGUCAGAAGGGGAGAAGGAAAUAGUAGUUGAGUGUCAUCUGCAUAGCAGUGAGGGGAGAGACCAUGUGAGGAUAUGACGGAGCUGAGUGAGAGAGAAGAGGAGAGGGCCUAGAACAGAGCCCUGGGUCAUGCCAGUAGUGAGAGUACAUGGUGCUGACACAGAUCCUCUCCACGUCACCUGGUAAGAGCAGCCUGCCAGGUAGGAAGGAGUCCCAAGAGUUUGAGACGCACAGCCCUGAGAGGGUGGAGAGGAGAAUCUGACGGAAGGCUGUUUCUGUAUCUUCAAGAAACCACAUAGAUUCACACUCAGUACUUUUCAGAAUUCUCGGGGAAGGUCGAUUUUGACUUUAUUGUAGUAACAAUAAGGAGAUGUUACACACAUUGUAUACCUCAUGGUCUUUUUUCCUGCAGAUCCAUUUGACCUCAAUGUAGGACCUGCCUCAACCUCAAGGCUAUGCUUUGCCUAAAUCUCUUGUAAGACCAUUACACAGUACGAUAUUGAAGUAGUAUAUUGCUAUUAAACUUAAUGUAUUAUAUAUUAUUCUGAGCUUCAUGACAUGGGUUUAUACUAUGCAUUGACAGAUAAAACAGAUGGUAGUCAGAUAAUUCAGAUGUUGGUAAAUAAUCCAAAAUGGUUGGAAGGAUAGAUUAUUGCAGACAAUCGUCUAACGCAAGGGGGGCGCAAAGUAUACUUCAAUCCGGCCCGCCAUUUUUUCUCCCCAAUUGGUAGUUACACUCUUGUCCCAUCGCUGUAACUCUCAUACAGACUCAGGAGAGGCAAAGGUCGAGAGCCGUGCGUCCUCCAAAACACGACCCAGCCAAGCCGCACUGCUUCUUGACAGAAUGCCCGCUUAACCCGGAAGCCAGCCGCACCAAUGUGUCGGAGGAAACACUGUACACCUGGCAACCGUGUCAGCGUACAUGCGCCCGGCCCACCACAGGAGUCGCUAGAGCGAGAUGGUACAAGAAAAUCCCGGCCUGACAAACCUUCUCCUAACCCGGACGACACGUGGCCAAUUAUGCGCCGCCUCAUGGUUCUCCCAGUCACGGCCAGCUGUGACACAGCCUGGGAUCGAACCUGGGUCUGUAGUGACGCCUCAAACGCUGCGAUGCAGUGCCUUAGACCGUUGCGCCACUCGGGAGGCUCCACAAAUUGAUUUUAACAAACAAUUGGUCCCCCCAAAAAUGCAGCCCUCCGUUGAAAUUCAAAAUCCCGAUGUGGCCCUCGAGCCAAAAAGUUUGCCCACUCCUGGUCUAACGCCUUUAAUCAUUUCUUUAUCAUAAUUGAUGACAAUCCCUUUGGAUUGUUUUGGCAACAUGCAAUGGAGACCAGGGAAGCCUCUGUCAGCAAUACUGACUUUGCCUUGGUGAUGCUGCCCCCUAGUUGAUUUAUUUCUUACAGCACACAAUCAGAUACAGUUUGGGAUGCAUAGUGUGUUUAUAGCUUCUGUGGUAGGCCUAAUCUCUGCCUUUCCUCUGUUUUAUAUUUGAUUGCAAGGCCCACAGUUUAGAUUUCAACUUGAUUUUGAGGAGAAUUCUAUCAUUUCUUAAUCUCAACAGAAGUUAUGAGACCUACUUAUCAUGGAAGAGGCUUGCUAAUAGAUUUCUAUUCUAUAUCCUUUAGAUUUGAGAGAGAUUCUCAUCAGAAUCUUUCCAUGAAUGUUCAGCCUUAAGACAUUAUAAGACAUACCACUUGCUUUAGCUAUCUGUUUGGUAGAUUGUACAUGGCUGGGACAACCAAAACAUAUGUGAAGAUUAAAUAAAAUACAAUGUUAUCGUGAAUGAAAAUAUAUAGUUCUAUUUACAGGUUAAUUCAUAGAAGAAUUGUCACAGCAUAAGAAAUCUUGUAAUUAUAGCACCUCUGAAAAGUAAUUAUACACUUCUGAAAAUUCUUUGGAUGGCUCUCGCUUAUAUUACUUUGUCUUUACAUUGAAGUUUUCUUAAAAAAUAUAUGAUAUAGCAACCUAGCACAGACAUUACAUUUACAGCUGAUGACAUUUAUUAUCAUGAUAUUAAUAACAAUAGUUAUUAUAUUAAUGAAAAUAAUAUUGUGAUUUGGGAAACCGCUAGGUUGACACACUGGCCUUGGUUUUGUUAACUAUUUGUUGUCAUGUGCAGUACUUGGAAAUUUAGAAUAUAAAUUUGGCUUUUUUCUUCUACUUCUCAGGAAUAUACUUCUACCUCCAAUUUUUAUGGAUGUAUCCCUGCUAGGGCUAAAGUUACAGGUUAGUGUGUGCACAUGCUGUUGCGCUUUGUAUUUCUCUCUUUCUCUUCAUUGGUGUUACAGAUUAUUUUUCAUGUAGCACUUUUGCAUUUUGCAAAAGGCAACAAACUGCUAUAUUGAAACACUAUUGCUGCAGCCUACAACUACUUCUUAUAGAUACAGGCACAAAAGUAUUUUUCAGUUAGUUUUGUGCAUGUGUGAUAUUUUUUCUCAUUAUUUUCUAUGAUUAACCUUUUUUCCACUGAAUGGGAUGUUUCCCAAAAUACAAGGAAACAAGUGAAGUUGAGGGUGACAUUCUGUGCCUCUUCAGUGACCAGUUUUUAGCAAGGUGUAGUGCCCAAACAACAGAUCCAACAACACGGUUUUAGAACAUGUGAUCUCUUUUUAAUGCUUUUUUUCUGAGGGGUGAAGAACGAUUCUUGCCUAUUUAAUCAAUGUGUUUGUGUGAAUACAUUCAUUUCGGAUUUAAAUAAAUAUAACAUUUUCCUAGAAUGUCAGCUGAGGUUUUACACCACAAUUGCAUUGAUAAAUACUUCAGCACAAAGAGACAAUGAAUGUUUCAGAGUUUCUUUAAAACAGAUUACAUUGAAUGUUGGUAUCAACUGAAUGGCAUGGUUAAACUUGGAAAGAUUACAUUCUAUAUCUUUAAACACAAUUGUAAAUUGUUAUCCAUCAGCCUUUACAUUGGAAAAGUUUAAGACAUAAUGUAUCUGAUGUAGGUCUAUCUGCCUGGAUUUUAAAUGGGAGGAAAAACAUAAGUAUACAAUCUUAAAUAAAAUGGGUGUGUUUUAUUGUA